AUGAGACACGGAGGCUCAACACUACCAUAUAAGCGCGGACGGACAUGGCGCGUCUCCAACUAUGUGUCCGCUGCCCAAUCCAGUGCGACCCUGUGUAUCAUAUCUACCUGUCGAAGAUUGACAACGGUCAUCCGGCUUCCAGAUUACAUAAUCGAUAAAUGA